AUCCUCUCUUUCCCUCCCCCCCACCCCUUACACACACACACACACACACACACACACCCCCUGCGACCGCCGAAGUGCUCGCCUGUUUUCGGCCGUCGAGGGGCACGAUGUGGAUCCAGGUUCGGACCAUAGACGGGAAGGAGACGCGCACCGUGGACGAUCUUUCCAGACUGACUAAAAUCGAGAGUCUGAGGCUGAAGAUCCAGGAGAUAUUCCGUGUCAGCCCGGAGAAGCAGAGAUUGUUUUACAGGGGGAAGCAGAUGGAAGAUGGCCAGACCCUGUUCGACUACAACGUGGGUCUGAACGACAUUGUGCAGCUGCUUAUCCGGCCUCGGAAUGACACCACCGCCGGGCCGGCCCUUCAGGAUGGGGGCGCUGUGGAGUCUGGGGUGGCACUGGCAGCUGGAGCAGCUCCUGUCGGGACAAACAGUGACAGCAAUGGGGCUCGGCGUCCAAUGGACUGUCAGCCGUCAACAUCUGGCAACGUGACCCUCACUGAAGCACAUUUUGGUACCUACAAGAUACACGAACUGGUGGACUGCAAAGACAUCAGCAUCGGCGCCUGGUUCGAGGCCACCGUCGAGAAGGUGACCCGUGGGCCCAGAGGGCAAAAUGGCAGCGCCGGGAUGUUGGGGAAGAGCGAGCAGCUGGGCAAAAGGACUAACGGCAGGCCUGAGGCCGAGCGCGGCCGGGCCGCCCUGGACAGUAACGGGAACCCGGUGGUGAACAUGGGCGCUGGGCCCUCCACCUCGGGCUGGCCGGCCGGCGAGGAAGCAACCACCUAUCACAUCCGAUACGACGACUACCCGGAAAAUGGAGUCGUGGAAAUGUGCGCGAAAUACGUCCGGCCCCGUGCUCGGACCCUGCUCAAAUGGGAUCAGCUGAAGCUGGGCCAGGUCGUCAUGGUGAACUACAACAUUGACGUCCCUGAGGAGAGGGGCUUCUGGUUCGAUGCUGAGAUCACGGCUCUAAAUGAAAUCUCCAGGACUAAGAAGGAGGUCCGGGCAAAACUCCUGCUGCGGGACUGCGAUGAUGUCCUGUGCGACUGCAAGAUCAUCCUUCUGGAUGAGAUUUACAAGAUUGAGAGAGCCGGCGCGCCCCCCCUAUCGGCGGCUGAGGGGCCUUUCAAACGGAAGACCGGGCCAGAAUGUAAGCACUGUAAGGCUGACCCAGAGCUGGAGUGCCGCUUCUGCUCAUGCUGUGUGUGCGGCGGCAAGCAGGACGCUCACAUGCAGCUGCUGUGUGACGAAUGCAACAUGGCCUUCCACAUCUACUGCCUGACCCCUCCGCUGGCCACCGUCCCCGACGACGAGGACUGGUACUGCCCAACAUGCAAGAAUGACACCAGCGAGGUGGUGAAGGCCGGGGAGAAGUUGAAGGCCAGCAAGAAGAGGGCCAAGAUGCCAUCAGCACACACUGAGAGCCAGAGAGACUGGGGGAAGGGAAUGGCCUGUGUGGGGCGCACUAAGGAAUGCACCAUCGUCCCAUCCAACCACUACGGGCCCAUACCAGGUGUGCCUGUGGGAACCACAUGGAAGUUUCGAGUGCAGGUGAGUGAGGCUGGGGUCCACAGGCCCCACGUGGGCGGCAUCCAUGGCAGGAGUAACGAUGGCUCCUACUCGCUGGUGCUGGCUGGAGGCUUUGAAGAUGAAGUGGACAGGGGCGACGAGUUCACCUACACGGGGAGCGGGGGGCGCGACCUGUCGGGGAACAAGCGCAUUGGGGAGCACUGCUUUGACCAAACUUUGACCCACUAUAACAGGGCUCUGGCACUCAACUGUGAUGCACCUCUCAAUGACAAGGACGGGGCAGAGUCCAGGAACUGGAGAGCGGGCAAGCCGGUCCGGGUGGUCCGUAGCUCGAAGGGGCGGCGCAUCAGCAAGUAUGCCCCCGAAGAAGGGAACCGGUAUGACGGCAUCUACAAGGUGGUGAAAUACUGGCCUGAGAUUGGUAAAUGUGGCUUCCUGGUUUGGCGGUACCUACUGAGGCGAGACGACGAGGAGCCAGCGCCCUGGACCCCAGAGGGGGCAGAGCGGAUCAAGAAGCUGGGGCUGUCUGUGCAGUAUCCAGAAGGUUACCUGGAGGCCAUGGCCAAUAAGACUAAGAAAGAGGUCCGAAGGGGGACCCGGGGUAGGAGGGGCGGCGGGAGGGGCCGGCCGAGGAAGAACGCCCCAGAGAAGAUCGUACAGGAUAAGCACAAGGUGGCAGCGGAGGUGGACGAAGACAAAGACAAAGACAAAGACAAAGACGUGAGGGAACGCGAGGCCAAGGCAGCGUGCAACAACAGCGUGAAGAAGCGGAAGGAGACCGACCCGGCCCAGAAGCAACCCCCGGUCAAGAGAUCGAAAGCAUGCGAGUCCUUCCAGCUGUCUGAGCAGCAGCUGGCACUGAUCCGUGAGGACACCCCCAACAAGAAGCUGUGGGAUGAGGCUCUGGAUUGCCUUAAAGAGGGGCCGAACUUCCUGCGGAAGGUGGAGCAGAUCUUCAUGUGUGUCUGCUGCCAGGAGCUAGUGUUCCACCCAGUCACCACGCCCUGCGUCCAUAACGUUUGCAAGGCGUGCCUGCAGAGGUCAUUCCGUGCGGAGGUGUACUCCUGCCCUGCGUGCCGGCAUGACCUAGGGAAGGAUUACGUCAUGCUCCUCAACAAGACCCUCCAGGGGCUCCUGGACCAGUUCUUCCCCGGCUACAGCAAGGGCCGAUGAGCUCUCAGGUGCACGUCAAUGAGCGACGCACGCCAACAAACGCACGCACGCACAAGCCCCCAACACCCAGCCAUCUGUAACUGUCCCUGCCCCCCCAUGCCCGGCUCAGUCACCCAUCAGCCAUCGAGGCCGUGAUCACCUAGCCUCAUAACCUGCCCUCCUGCUCCUGAAUGCUACCUGCUGCUCAAAUCGUCUCGUCGGGAGAACGGGGAGAGAGACGAAGCCAGCGCCCUGGGGGGGGAGCCUCAGCACGUAAACCCCCCCCCCCCCCCCAUCGCUCACUGUAGCACCACCACACCUGUAACAGGUGCAAAGGGUCAAAGACACUGACCAACCUCAGGGACCAGGAUGUGGCUAUGGGGAUCAGGAUCUCUUGUUCUUUUGUGACUCACAAAUGUUCCUCAUCGCCUUUUAAAUGUAUGCACAAAACGCUUCCUUUAUCCCUACGACCUUGUGUAUUUAAUCCCAGCCCACGCAGGUCGAGAUCUAUAUAAUGGUUAUUGUCUUUAAAAGUAAAGCAGCUUUUCUUUCCAAACCUGCUCUUAUUGUCACCCCCUGCUGUGGCCGCCUAGUUGCCCUCCCCCAGUGACUGUGCUCCUCUCGCUCUUGCCGCCCCCCCCCCACCAGCCGUAUACGUCACGUGGACGCCUCGUCACUCCAUCAGUCUUGUGCCGUUUUUAUUGCACUUAAAAAAGAAAAAAAAAACCUUGCGUCGAAAUUCCUUUUGCGGUUUGUCGAUUUUAUAUAUUCCGUUGCAUAUUCUGUUUUAAUGGAUCAUUAGGCCCCUUGUGUGUGGUGACCUUUUUUGCCUCCAUAUCACCCCAAGGGCUCGCAUCGCUCUGUGCGAGUCACAAAUUUUAUACAUGGUAUAAUUGAUAUGAAUCUAUUAAAUAUUUUGAUUCCAGAAAAGUA